UAGGCGGAGGUAAGAAAGCAUUGCGACCUUGGGAGGCAUCAUUUAGUGCAUCGUCACCCGCUAGAGUCUUCCCUUUUGCGUUUCACACAGAGCAAGAGGCGAUCGAAGAUGGUAUGUCUGGCGUGUUUGUUACCGCUGUUUCUGGUUCCAAUAGUCAACUUAUUGCCCUUACUCUUCAAUCUCAUCAUGGCAAAGGUUUAUGGGCUUUUCGGAUGGGAGUAUAGGAAGCCAGAAAGGGUUCCAGCUGCAUGUCCGUACAAGCCUGCGGCCAAUAAUAAUAGCAAGGUGGGGGUAGAAACUGAACCUGGUGCACCAGAGCCUGUUCUGAAACCAGUGGGAGUAGAGAAUAGCAAGUGCGACUAAAGUUGGACUACCUCUCCUAACAUACAUCUCACUUAUAAAGUACAAGGUUUUUCCUCAAGAUAAAAGGCUUCUUUAAUUGCUUGAUCGGUAGCAAGUCUUGCUAAAAAGAUGAUUUGUCUAUUUACAGGUUGUUGAGCAAUGGAGUUUGAAUCUUUGAACUUCGAUUGUAUAAAACUGAUUUGGCAAAUUCUUGAAGUUGGUUUACUAUCCUUAUUUUUGUUGAUGAAGAAUGGUACUCUGGACAAAGGCAAUUCCAACUAGAACAUUGGGGAUGGCAAUUUUAUAAUUCUAGAAAAUUUCUCUUGAAGAUUUGUGUAGGAGCUUCUUGAUUUGAUUAAUAUGUCAUCUUAGUUUGCAUAUUGCAGACUAUGCUUUAGAGCCA